GUGUGAAAGGCCGCCGUGCAAAUCGAUAGGAAUUAAGUCGACCUCAGCCCGAGCGAACUUCUAUGAAGACACAUCGCAUCACGUCUUGGGCGUUAUUACUCUUUAGAGCGCCUGAUUAAAGUAUAAUACUGGGAGUGAGAAGAUCGAAAUCAAAACCAGACCGUCUCCAGCCGCUGUACUCCUUGCGGCGUUCCAGGCAGCAUGAAGUUGUGCACGGGUUGGUGAAUAGCUGGAAUAUAGGUACUUAUCCCCUUUCCAAAAUCCAUGGAAAAUGAAUAUGUCUUUGCAUAGUAGUAUGUACUGAUAUAUCCCCUGUAUUUGUUACGGGUGAGUUUAGACACAAUGGAUGACAUGGAAAAAACAAUUGUGGAAGAGAUCUCUGGUGACACAGACAUAUCUGCAGAAGUAUCAGGCAUAAUGGAGGCUAUGAUAGAACAACAAGGACCUGUUUUUCAUCCAUCACAAUUAGAUGUCCAUAAUCAGGAAUCAGCAGAAACAUUAACUCCACCGGCUGCAAUUGAAUCAUUAUGGGCCAACAAUUCUAGCACCCCUAGUGCAAAGAUAGUGACUUCACUGGCUGAAAGGUCUGUUUUUAGAAACACUAAUCAAUAUGAUAAUCUCACAGAGAAUGACAGAGAGAAUAAACAGACUGAUACAAUUCCACUAUCAACUCUCAGUUUAGAGUCGCGAACUGUUGGUAGUGGCAGAAAUUUAAGUGCUGUUUGGCAUUAUCCUGAACCUCCUGGAGGAAGUUUUAUUUUCAGAGGAUCCAUACAUAAACCUUUCUGUCAUUCCUCUACACUUGAAAAGUCUCCAGAAAGUGGAUGCAAAGAGUGGCCUAAAAUGGUCACAAAGGCAGUUCAAACAAAUGGCAAAUGUGUACGGAAUGUGAGCACUUGCCACAUUACAGAGAAUUCUGAGUUAUCUUCACCAUCACCAAAACAUCCUCACACAAUAGAUAAACAUCAGACUCCACUAUUAUCAAUAUAUUCUUAUGGAAAAGAUGGAGUAUGGUUCACAGAAACCUCAUCUGGAAAGUCACUGAAAACAAAACCUCUCAGACCCACAAAAGAAUCUCUACAGUUAUCAUUAAAAAAAUCAAAAAGUGUUGUUAACGAUAAGAAUGUGCCUUCUGCACUAGCAGCUGUAAAUAAACAUCCAGAAUUGCCCCGUGCUUUGGCAGAAGAUGAUGUAGUAAUACCAGUAAAUUUAUGGGAUAUCCCAGUCAUUGAAAACAAAUCAAGAGAUACUGGAGAACCCAGUGAUUCAAUAGAAGAUGAUGUAGUAACACCAGUAGGUUCAUGGGAUGUAACAGUCAUCGAAAACAAAACAAAUGAUACUGGAGAUCCCCAUGAUUCAUCAGAAGGUGAUGUAGUAAUGCCAGUAGAUUCAUGGGAUAUACCAGUUAUUGUCAAUAAAACCAGUGUUGCAGAAAAAGCAUGUACAACUACCACAAAUGAUGAUGAAGGAACAUGUACAACUACCAAAGAUGAUGUUGAAGAAACAUAUACAGCUAGCACAAAUGAUGUUGAAGAAAUGUGUGCAACUACCAAAUGUGAUGCUGAAGAUGCAUGUACAACUACCAAAUGUGAUGCUGAAGACGCAUGUACAAUAACCAAAUGUGAUGCUGAAGAUGCAUGUACAAUUACCAAAUGUGAUGCUGAAGACGCAUGUACAAUUACCAAAUGUGAUGCUGAAGACGCAUGUACAAUUACCAAAUGUGAUGCUGAAGACGCAUGUACAAUUACCAAAUGUGGUGCUGAAGACGCAUGUACAGUAACCAAAUGUGAUGCUGAAGACGCAUGUACAACUACCAACUGUGAUGCUGAAGACGCAUGUACAACUACCAACUGUGAUGCUGAAGACGCAUGUACAGCUACCAACUGUGGUGCUGAAGACACAUGUACAACUACAAAAUAUGAAGCUGAAGACGCAUGUACAACUACCAAAUAUGAUGCUGAAGACGCAUGUACAACUACCAAAUGUGAUGCUGAAGACGCAUGUACAACUACCAAAUGUGAUGCUGCAGACACAUGUACCAUUACCAAAUGUGAUGCUGAAGACACAUGUACCAUUACCAAAUGUGAUGCUGAAGACACAUGUACGACUACCAAAUAUGAUGCUGAAGACGCAUGUACAACUAUUAAAUAUGAUGCUGAAGACGCAUGUACAAUUAUCAAAUAUCAUGCUGAAGACGCAUGUACAACUACCAAGUGUGAUACUGAAGACACAUGUACAACUACCAAAUGUGAUGCUGAGGACGCAUGUACAACUACCAAAUGUGAUGCUGAGGACGCAUGUACAACUACCAAAUGUGAUGCUGAGGACGCAUGUACGACUACCAAAUGUGAUGCUGAGGACGCAUGUACGACUACCAAAUGUGAUGCUGAGGACGCAUGUACGACUACCAAAUGUGAUGCUGAAGAUGCAUGUACGACUACCAAAUGUGAUGCUGAAGACGCAUGUACGACUACCAAGUGUGAUACUGAAGACGCAUGUACAACUACCAAAUGUGAUGCUGAGGAUGCAUGUACGACUACCAAAUGUGAUGCUGAAGACGCAUGUACGACUACCAAAUGUGAUGCUGAAGACGCAUGUACGACUACCAAAUGUGAUGCUGAAGACGCAUGUACGACUACCAAAUGUGAUGCUGAAGACGCAUGUACGACUACCAAAUGUGAUGCUGAAGACGCAUGUACGACUACCAAAUGUGAUGCUGAAGACGCAUGUACGACUACCAAAUGUGAUGCUGAAGACGCAUGUACGACUACCAAAUAUGAUGCUGAAGACGCAUGUACGACUACCAAAUGUGAUGCUGAAGACGCAUGUACGACUACCAAAUGUGAUGCUGAAGACGCAUGUACGACUACCAAAUGUGAUGCUGAAGACGCAUGUACGACUACCAAAUGUGAUUCUGAAGACGCAUGUACGACUACCAAAUGUGAUGCUGAAGACGCAUGUACGACUAGCAAAUGUGAUGCUGAAGACACAUGUAUGACUACCAAAUGUGAUGCUGAAGACGCAUGUAGGACUACCAAAUGUGAUGCUGAAGACGCAUGUAUGACUACCAAAUGUGAUGCUGAAGACGCAUGUACGACUACCAAAUGUGAUGCUGAAGACGCAUGUACGACUACCAAAUGUGAUGCUGAAGACGCAUGUACGACUACCAAAUGUGAUGCUGAAGAUGCAUGUACGACUACCAAAAGUGAUUCUGAAGAUUCAUGUACAACUACCAACUAUUAUGCUGAAGACACAUGUACAACUAGCUCUACAGAUUUGGGUUUUAUAGAAGGCUGUUCUGCAGCCAUUCAACGCCACUUGCAAACAAUAUUGGCAUCAUGCAGCUAUAAAGUGGAUGAUCAUAUAGCUGCUUCAUGGUUUAAAGCAGUGCAGUGGCAAAUGGAUGAUCCGUUGUCUCCAGAAAGCAAUAUUUGGGCACCCCUCCAACCCCUUUCAGAAGAAAAUUGUUGCCAGCUGUGGAAGCACACAGAAGAUGCUAACCUGACUUCAAAGAUAGAUUGUAGUGUUAUAGAAACAGAGAAGAGGGAACUUUUUCAUGGUUUUUCCUCACUUUCUGACGAGGAGUCAUCUCAACACCAGGGAAAUGGACCAAUAAUAAACAACCUGGCAGGAGCACUACAAGAAGGCCUGGCUCAAUAUUUGACAACCAAUACCGCUUAUCGGCCACCCAGUCUGGAAUCUUUGGAAACACUGGACAGAUCGAGCAGCAGUGAUGAAGAGAGUGACCAUGGGGAAUACAACGAGAGCAGUGAUGAUGACAGUACAGACUCAUGGGACAGUGGCUACUUCAGGGGAGUGACUUACCAUCAGGGCCGAAAUGAAAUUUCAUCUGAUGCAGACAUUGAUACAGACACUGAUAGUGAAGAUGAGAGUUUAACAGAUGAUCUACGAAAAUUAGGUUUCCGAGACCUGGACAACAGAAUUCAACAAAUGGCAGUUGUUUGGGGCUACUGCAGUGAACACUUUGGACUUGAUCCAGACAGAGUACUUGAGGAUGAAUUAGCAGACCCUGACAUGCCUGGCGAGUGUUUAGUUCAUAAUAUUCUGGCUGUACGGAGAGUUUCUGGACUUUCCAGGAGGCCAUAAAUGGUGCUUCAUUCUGCUGAGCUGUCAGUCUAGUGCAGAAAAAACUCUAUUCAAUAAUAUCAAUUUACAUUUUGUGCUUCUAACUACUGUAGGUGUCUGUGUCAUCUAUGCAAAAGCACAGUUACUCUUAGUGUGGGUGUAACAUUAAUUGGUGUGUAUGCUCCCUCAAAGUUGUUUUUUCUGCAUCCCUAGGUUAUAAGAAACUGAGAAUUUUCAUCUCAGGUUUCCUAAGCUAAGUAAGUGUGAUUUAUGCAUGCAUAUGCUGUUUAAUUUAAUAUAUUAUAUUAUAAGUGCACAUGCCAAAUUUACAUUAUAAUCGUAUGAGCCAUUGAAAGUGAAGGUUAAUGGAUUCUUUCAUCAUUUCUUGUUAGAACAAUUCAUAUUUAAGUUAUAAAUUGAAAAGAAAGGAAAUUUUCUUACAGCAAUAUUUGUUUAUUAUGAACCAGUUUUCUCCUUAUUAGGGCAACAUUUUAUAACAACUGUUGUUACCUAGUGAAGUUAUAAUAAGCUGAAUACUGGAUCAUAAUAAACAUAUAUCAGUAGAAGAAAACUCUGCUUAUUUGCUUUUCAACUGUAAAUAAAAGAAAAUAUUAAUUUAUGGGAAACUCUUGGGUUAGUAUUACCGGCAAUAUCCUGUAAAAUUCUGAACAAAGCAAAACUUCAUAUUGCUUCUUAUAGUAGAUUUACAUUCAUCUAAAAUGUUUCAGAUGAUAAAUUGUUCCUUUUGUGCACAAUUACUUUAAGUGACUCAACAUUAAACAGAUGUAACAAAAUAUUUUGUGUGACUUACACAAUUUUUGAUGGAGUAUUAUUGAAAAACUCUCAUUCCUAUUUAGUACAAUAGGUGAUAAGUUUGGAAUAAUGUUACAUGUUUUCUUUUGCAUUCAUCCACUUAAUUUAUGGCAAAAAUGGAGUGCUAAUGGAGUGCCAUAAAAAUUGAAAAAUCAAUAUCACGUAUGUAUGGAGUGAUUACUAAGUCCCAGUACCCCCUAUGGCACUGUCCACAUGUUUACAGAUAGUCACAUUGUAUUACUGUGAGAUCAUGAUAGAGGACAACUUUGAGGUAGUAUGAUUAUUAACUCCAGAGUGUCUGUGUGUACACCAUUGUUUUCAUAACAGAAUACAAAUAUGAUUAUCCUCAACAUUGCUGGCUGAUGGCGGUAAAUGCUCAUCAAACAGCAUCCUUAAGUUCAUCAAAUCUAAUAAUGUGUGGUAGCAACCUUUUGUUUAAUGAAACCCCAUAACGCAAGGCACUGCAGUCCAUAUCGUGACACAUGGUGGGUUGUGUUGAAAGUUCUUCACAAAAAUAUGGGUUCCCUUUACUCCCGAAAUAAAUGGUUUCCCUUUCGCACUGCAAUAUAUUGCACACUCAUCUGAGAAAAACACCUUUCCCCUUGAAGGAAGAGUCAUAAAGACAUCAAGCAUUUGCCCCCAAGACUGAUGCCAUUUUCGUAAAUCAUUAUCAAUCAAUUAAUUAAAUUUUACAAAUGAAGGUUUAAAUUCCUUUAACUUUUAAUCAUAUGUUUUUUGUAAAGUCGAGUAUGGGACUACCAAUUCCUGUGACCACAUGAACUCCACUUUUUUGGUGAAUGUUUGAUAGGCAUUGCAGCCUCCACAAGUUUUUCCAGUUGUGUGGAUGGUUGUCCUGCGUGGGGCUUAUCUUUUAUGCAACCAGUUGCAAGGAGCUUUUUAUCAUGCCACAAAAUUGUUGGUGUAGGUGGGUUAGGUUUCUCAAAACCUUACAGUGCAAUCCUGCUGAAUAUUUUUCAUUGAUUUUGCCACAUGAGGCCAUUUGUGAGCCCCCCUUGCUCAUUACAGUCCAUUCCUCCAUGGUAUAAGUUGACUUACCAGCCAUGAUUUAGAUGUAUAUCAGCACUCACAACAAUAGAAAACAACAAUUCAUGAGCAUCUGUGUAAUAUAUGGGGUUAAUGGGACUUUGUGAGUGGCCUUUAGACAAGUCACUUAUGAGUGCCUAUGACUACAAAAAAACAGAAUGACUGGUCAGUGCUUACUUCAGCAGGUGAAAUUCUGUGUACUGCCAACAGACCCAUAUAAAAGUGCAAAAAAAACUAUCCAAGAUCUUCUAACAAUUAUGUCAUUCUUCAGGGAUGCAGUUGGGCAACUCACUCAGACUCCAGGAUGAGAGGGAAAUUAGGUGAAAAAAUGACCUUUAUCUUUUAAUGUCUGCUUACUCUCAAAUAUGUUGUGGAUGUCAUUUAAUAUAUUUGAAGAAACUGGAUAAUUUUUAUUUUGUCUAUCUCAGUUGUUGAUAUAAAAUUUUGCUUCAGUGGUUAUUGGUUUCGGGCUGACUCACCCAUUCUCAAACCGCACACCUUAAAUUACACAGUACAUGUCUUACAAUAAUGUGUACACACAGUGUGUAUCUCCAUAUUACAGUUACUCACAUGCUUAUAGACAUACCUUGUUAUUAACCACAGUUAUUCAGUACAAUGUGGUGCCAAAAGGCAUGAUCAGCUUUUGUUCAGCAAAGUAUACUGUGGGCCACAGGUACCCUAAUUCAUCUUAGCCCAUGUGUCUGUUGCAAUGAAAUGAUGCUACCAAACUAACAAAUAUUACCCACAGUUGUCAACAGGACACUUUGUCAGGUGUUGCCUUCAUAUGUAUUGUAACAAUCUUUAAACGUUACUACUUAACUUGCAUUGCCCUAUGGUUCAUUGAUGUGGAUUCUGCGAAUAAUGAGAACAUCACAAAAAUUUCAAGCCUGACAAAUUAUUUAUUGACAUCAGCUGAUCAACAAAAGUGACAUAACUGCAAAACAACUGACGAAACUGAGCUAAACCAGACUGAGCUCCUGAAGUAAACAAAACUUGACUGACUGCCUUGCACAGCAUCGCCGCAUCACUUUAAAUACAAUUUUAACAAUCACUACCACUUAAUUUAUUACAAAUUGUAACUUACAAUUAAAAACAAUUUCAACUAAACUAACUGCUGUUAUAUUUGUGCAGGUUAUAAAAUAUAAUGUCAAAUAUCAUAAUAUUUUUAUCAUCAUCUUGGUUUUAUGUGUGAAAAUUAAUUCACAAUCUGAUGUCAACAAUUAUUUUCAUUUUACUUUAAUUUUAUAAUUAGUGACUGUAUGGAUUUUAUUGCUAAUAUUUGUUCAAAGUAUACACAUCAUGUUUCACCAGAUUACAUAAAUUAAAUUACAAUGAAUGACAUAAAAAUGAAUAACAAAUGAAAUUACGUCACUGGAUAAUGAUUUUCAUUUUGAUUUGCAUUGUAAUGAGGUUUUUGUGUUAGCGAAUUUACAAAUUGCAAUUAUGGUAAUUAGAGGCAUUAGUUAUUUAUGCUAACAUUUCCACAGCCUCUUAAUAUUUGUUGUUAAACAUUUUUACUUCAAUUUCACAAUCUGAUAUUUAAUUUGGCAUAUGAACAUAUUUUUGUUAAUGAAAACAAUCUAUUAACAAUAUUGAGAAUGUACAUCAUUUCAGAAUAUUCGAUAUGUAUUUACAAAGAAGAAUAGGUUUUUGGGCAAACUGAACUGAACGCUACCUAUAAAAAUACACAUAAAGGCCCUAUAAAUCACUGAAUUGUAUGGUAAAUACACGGAUGCAUAUAAGAAAGGUGGUAUUGGACAGUUCAUAAUGAUCUUGAGGGAGGCUGUUGCAUAAUAGUACGCACAUGCACAUAUGGCUAUCUAUUAAUUUUCUAUGGUGCUACCACAACCAUUAUCAUUUCUUGAUAACAUUUUUAAAGCAUGAAUAAAUAUCAAUUUUAUAUGACAUUUUGUCAAUUUUGAUAUGAGGGCGACACCUACCAAUGUAUCCUGUUGACUACUGUAGAUAACAUUUGUCAGUUUCGUUGCGUCAGUCAGUUGAAACAGACACAUAGGCUAAGAUGAAUGAGGGUAACUGUUGCUCACAGUAUAUUUUGCUGUACAGGAGCUGUUCAUGCCUUUUGACACCUUAUUGUAUUAAUAAUUACAGUUAAUAACAAGGUAUGUUUAUAAUCAUAUGAGUACCUGUAAUACGGACAUACACACUGUAUGUACACAUUAUUAUAGGAAAUGUACUUUGCAAUUAUACGUUGUGGUUUGAGAAUGGGCGUGUCAGCCCAAAACCCGUAACCACUGCAGCACAAUUUUAUAUCAGUGCAACUGAGACAGAUUAAAUGAAAAAUUAUCCAAUUUCUUCAGUACUGAACACUUGCAUAUAAGUAAAUGUUUUCUCAUCUUGUUUUUUUCUGUCUUUUCUUCUGCCUAUCAGUAAUUCAGCUAUUACCAAGUACCAAUCCUGUGGCAGCAUAAGCCAAGUGACACAUUCUAGCCACAUAUCAAUAGGGUUGUUGUUAAUAAUGACAGUUUUUGACAGUACACAUUUUUCAAUGAUCACUAUCCACAAACAUUAAUUGUUAUGGGAUAACUCUUUGAUUGGCACUUCAAACACUUCAUUCUCGUAUUUUAUAAGUGCUGUAAGUAAUCUCUCUCUAUUCCUUUUUUUUAAGUUAAUAUGCAUGAGAGAACUCAUCAUUUACCUUUGAUUUUUAAUUAGGAGAUCUGGAUCCACAACAAAGCUAAUAAAAAUGGUUGUGUGUCAAUACUGUGCAUUGCAUUUUGUUUAAAAUACACAAUAAUUAGAAACAGGCCCCUUAUUGUAUUAAUAUAUGAAAUCACACUUUUUUUCAAAAAUUAAACAAUAAAUAUAUUUUUGACUUUUUUGUUUAUACUUAUAAAAUGUAAAUUAUGUGCUGUUGAUUAAAUGCUAAGCUAUAAAGUUUACACCGAGUAUUGCUGCUUUGGAUAUCUAUGUAUAUACCAUAAUAUUUUAUACAGUUGUAACCAUAAAUUAGCUAUAAUUUGAAAAAAAAAAAUUGUGGUAGAAGCAUUAAGUGGGUGUUUUGGAUGUAUGUAUCCAUAAAUUGUUUACUGUAGUACUUUGUCGUGUAAGGUGUAAAUAUACUGUUCGGAUAGUUAACUUACCUACAUUAAUACAAACUGAAAUAUUAAGUACUAGCUUGUGCUACACAAGAUUGUAACUUUUUGUAUUGUUAAAACUUUAGCGUGGGAUAAAACUAGUUAAGAGAGUCAUUUCAAAAUUUGAUGGUUCAGCACACAGGGCUUUAAGUAUUUUAACGUUUCUCGUCUGUUUUUUUUUUUUUUCUUUUUUCUUUUUUUUUUUCUUGUGCUUAUCAGUAAUUGAGUUAUUACCAAGUAUCAAUACAAUUUAUUUAUUUGGAAAACUGUAGUACAGUCACUACUUUGUGUAAUGACUAACCAAAUAAUCAGUUUCAACCACUGUGGCCCAUCUUCAUAUCGCCAGUGUAUUCAAACACACUGUUGCAAUACUUCACUUCUGAAGAUGAUCCAUGGUGGCUGAAACCAGUUGUUUGGUUAAUAAUUAUCCAAAACUUUGAUUGUGCUAAUGAUUUUCUAAAAAUAAAUUUGCCAUGUCAUUUCCAUUAACUACAGAAAUGUUUUCUUUCUCUUAAUACAACAUUUUUUUCUUUUACAUUUGCUUAGAUUUGACAAUGAUUUUAAAAUGUAUUUGUGAAAACUUGGAUUAAAUACUCUAAGCAUUCUAAUUACAUCAAACUGGAGUUGGCCUUCAAGUUGGUUAGGUUUACCUCCAUCUUCUUUAUGAUUUUAAAAUAAUUUUCUGACAAAGAAAUCACACAGUCAUUCUUUAUGCAGACAGUAGUCUGUGUUGCUGUUGGGUUGAUGCUGUCAGUGUGGGGUUAUGAAGAAUUUGGAAUGUAGGUGAACCAGCUAGAGCCCCUGUCAUAUACAAGUGGUACAACUAUACAUUCAAUGUGUUACUUACAUACUGUAUAUGCCUGUGUUUGCAAAUAAUUAUUUGCAUAUUAAGUACAGCAGAAUAAUGCAUAAAAUGAAGCUACAAGGCAAUAAUCUGUUAUAUACAGCAGAAAAAACACUGCUUGUAUUGACAAUAAUUUUACGGGUCCAAUUAGUGAGAAAUAUAUAAUUCCACAAGGGAUAGUUUGUUUUUGUACUCAGAUAAAACAGUAAACAUGAGGUAAAUACUAAUACUAUUCCUUAUUUGCUGACACAGACAGAUAGCUCAUGUUUUCCCAAGAUCUACAUACAUGUAAGCUACUUUAAAUUUUCUCAAGUUUUUAGAUCAGACAACCCUUUUUGUGCCUCUUUCUUUGGACAUUCAUCUUUUUUUACAUCCACCAUCUGUGAAACCCCUUCUUUUCUCUUACAACUUUGGGCAUAGGAUCUUGUAUAAAUUAAGCUUGGACCUUUGAGUGAAUGUCACACUACAAGGUGGAACAUGGAUUGUUCCACACACUAACACUGCCUCUGAAUUUGAAGUUCCAUAUUACAACCUCAGCAUUUGCUCCCAGUUCAGCACUCAUUUACAUUAAGUUCUGAGAACAGGAUUACCAUUUACAUCACAUAAAUGUAGACAAAUACCAAGGUCUAAGUGAUUCCUGAGAACAGCAUAUUAAUUAAACGAAUACUAACUCAACAUGAAGUCCUUAUAGCCUUUCUUUGAUCAUAGACUGAUGAAACAUGUAACUCUGUUGAUACAUUGUGUCCUUAGGUUGACGUAUGUAUUGUACACUUUUUAUUUCAGUAUCCUGGCUUACAGAAAUAACAGUAAUCUGCAUAGAUACACCCACAGAAAAACUAAUUUCCUAAAGGAAAGGAGUGACUUGCCUCUUGAAACACAUUGUAAAUUUAUAUUUGACCUGGUUAGGAUACUAAGAGUAUUUCAUUCAAGGAUAAUAUUAAUAAAAUAACUGUAGUAAUUUUAUAAGUAUGUUUUGUGACUAAGUUUGUGCAUGAGAAAAUUUUCAAAUUAAACUAAUUUUUAAAAAAAUUGAAUGUCUUGGAAGAAAAUUCAGGUUUCAUUGGACUCUAAUAUUUGUACAUUCAGUUUUAUGUUUGUAUAGGCCUUGCAUAAGAUGUCUAUUAUAGAAGUAAUUAAACAAGAAAACUAAAAACAUUGGUUUCAAAGAAUCAUUGAUUGAAAAUAUUCAGUUUGAAAAUAUUGUGUUUAGCUUAACUUCCUCUGUGUAGCAUAUUAUUACUUGUGUAUAUCUAAGUGGUAUCUGUUCUGUUGGGAAUGUCCAACAGAGCUGGUACAUACAUGUAAACAUGAAAUGUAGGCAGGGGAAAGAGAAGGAAAGGGGAAGUUUGGAUGAGAAAUUGUGAUGGCUAGCCUCAUGGGGCAUUGUGGUAAUGCAAUGCAGAAGUUGAAAAUUUGUGCCGGACCAGGAUUGGAAUCCAAAUUUAUCGCUUCUCAUGACCUGUUGCCAUAACUGCUUUGGUCAGCCAGAUACUAUCCCUGACCAACCCAAAUUUCAAACUUGUCACAUGCUGCAAUGUAGCCUCCCUCAUUCAUUACACCCUCUACUUGCAAAUCCUGAUUCCCAUAGUAGUUCAAAUGGUAUCUGUGCAUUCGCACUGAAAUAAGUGACGAGGAGUUGUUACCCUCUUUUAUAGAAAUGUAUAUAUUUGUGUGGUGUCUGUUCUGUCAGAUAUGUCACAUGUAUUAUUACAAGUUUUAAUACUGUUCUAUCACAUAGGUUCUGCUAUGACCAUGUAAGUAAAUUAGGGAAGGAAAUAAUAUUACAGUUACAAUAUUUUCACAGAACAUGAUUCCGAGUGCAAAUUUUCAAAUUCAGAUUUUGGUUGUAGAUGUUGCUUCUUUGUUUUUUAUCAGAUGCCACUGCAGACAGGGAUGUGAUGACCUCAACAACAAAAGUCACAGACAAAAUUAAAAUUUCAGACAAGGAAACCUUUACAUAACAGUUUUGUUCAGUUUUUAUGUCUCAAUGUCAAAUGGCCAUUUUAUAAAUGUUUUAUACAAAAAAAAUGUUAAUCUGAGUUUUUUAGUCCCCCUUUAGAAUACAUGUUACAAGUGUAAGAAAACUAUAGAGACGUCAUGUACUCUAGUCUACAGUAUGAAUAAUUUGCUAUGGAAGUUUGUUAUAUGAUGUGAUUUAUGUAAUUUUUAUUACAGGAAAUAAUAAAUUUUAUUUAUUUAUUUA